CCGAAGGAUUUCGUCCACUCCACAACACAAAUAAUUAUGUCCGAUCUGAACUCCGCCGUCCACGGCGACUCCUCUCGCUACGCCGAUCAAUUUCUCGGUUCAGAGCUCCAACUUCAAAAUUUCUCACAAACCCAUCUUGGCGAUCCUAAUAUAUCCCCGGAAACUCACCAGCAAAAUCUCAAUUCGGCCGAUUCAAACACUCCCACCAGCGGCGGUUCAUCCACGCGCCGCCCUCGUGGCCGCCCCGCCGGCUCCAAGAACAAGCCAAAACCGCCGGUGAUCGUAACACGUGACAGCCCCUACGCUAUGAGGUCGCUCGUGCUAGAGGUCCCUGCAGGCUAUGAUGUGGUGGAAUCCAUCUCGAGUUACGCCACCCGCCGCCGCCACGGCGUUUGCAUUCUCGGCGGCACUGGCGCCGUCACGAACGUCAAGUUGCGUCAGCCGGCGGCUCCUUCGGGUACUGCUAUGAGUUUUCGUGGAACGUUUGAGAUUGUGUCUCUGACUGGUACGGCGUUGCCGUCAUCGGGUGCCGGAGGUCUAACGAUUUAUUUGACCGGCGGGCCAGGGCAACGGGAAGGGCAGGUCAUCGGAGGAAGCGUCCUCGGGCCAUUGACAGCAUCGAGUCCAGUUAUAUUGAUGGUGGCAUCGUUUACGAAUGCGGUGUCUGAUCGGCUACCGCCGGACGAGGCAGAGCCGCCGGUGCAAGUUCACCCAUCGACGUCGUCAUCUUCAGGUGGUGGCGGCCAGCUUGGAGACAUCGGAAGCUUCAACUUUCGUGACAAUGGUUACAGGUGGAACAACAAUACAUCAAGACCUCCGACGACAUUGUGAUAGAAAAAACUGAGAAAUUUCGUUACAAAAUUUACAAUGUGUUUGGGAAGAAAGAAAAUCAAACAAAUUUUCCGAAGAAAAUUCAGAGGCCUUUUGAAUAAUGGUCUCCAAAAUUUUCUUCUUUCACUUUUAUUUUUUAUUCUUUUUAUUUCAAAUAGAUUAAUUAAUGAAGAGUUUAUUCCAAUAUUUCUUUUAACUAAAUUAUCUUUAUUUUUCAUUUUAUGAGAUUUAUUUAUUUUUCUCCUCUUUUGAUUGUAAAUGUUGGUUUUUUGAUAGGAUUAUUUGUGAGAAUUGAAAUCACAGGUGCUCACAACUUAAAAGCUUAAUUUUCUUUUAAGAGUGAAAUCCAUAUAUAUCUAAUAUCCAGUUUAA